AUGUUCGCCAAAGCCGCAAAUUCGACUCCGGCCGUGCCCUCACGCAAUGCACUUCGAGUUCUUCGGCAGUUGGCCUUCGCUGGGUCAACAGUAGGCAGCUUCUGCACCCUGGCAGUUAUCACCUACGAUUCCCACCGCCGAGUCCGCGUCGCCGAGCAGAUCAUCGAGAACAAGCGCAUCUUGCACACGUCAGCUCCAAACUACGAUGCAACAGCUUCUGCUCAACGCCUGGCCACAAUGAUGGAGGCAGCAGAAGCGGGGGAGUUCAUGGGUCUAGCGUCUUUAAAGGACCGAAAACCGCGGCGGGCUGGGGAUGCGGAGGUGCCUCUUACCGAAAACACCAACCCAACCGAUCCAUUGCGGCCACGAGCCCGCAGCCUACCGAAAUGGGCACAAUCUGGGCCACGAGAAUUAUCGGCUCGGAGGACCCCGGACCGCCUUGAUGAGAUAGCUGCUCGUGCUCGAAACCGAGUGGCCCUUGCUCGAGAGGCGAAGGAGGCUUCGGAGGCACGCGCAGCGGGAGACAUUCCACUCGAGGAUAAGGUGUGCGACUUGCUCAAGGAGGACCGUGAAAUUGAGGCUGCCACUCUCUUUAUAAAACAUACACAGCCAGAAACCGAUGAACGGGUUCCAGUCUCAUUGGAACGGCAAGAUCUUAUGCGUACCCUUUUCGUCGCUAAUUGUGUGAAGGGAAACAUCUUCUUGGCCCGGGCUCUUUUCGAACAUAUGGAAAAAGUGAGCGAAGUAGAUGAAGAAAUUUGGAGCACUAUGAUGCACCUGCUCGCGAAGGAAGGACAUAUCGAAUCCGUCGGUGCUAUUUUCGAAAGACAUCAGGCUAAAUUCACCGUUCCGAACUACAUGCUCGAAGUUGUUCUCCGAUGUUUGCUCGAGUCGAGGAGAUUGAGUGGUGCUAAGUUCUUAUUCUAUGCUCGAAUCAAACACGACGCGGGCGGUGGUCUCUGUGGCACUUACCUCGAUGGUUUGUGGAAGAAAACUCGCAAGAUCGAUCUGAUCAACGCUGAAUUCCAUCAAAUACUAAGCGCACUGGAAGAAUUGGAGCUGCGACCUACUGAGAAGAUUUUCAACCCCUUGGUCAAAGCUUAUACGGAGGCUGGAAAUUUCGAAGAGGCCGAAGCCUUGGUUGCUGAUAUGGCGGCAAAAUUUGGAGUCAAGCCUGGAUGCCGUACGUUUGGGCUCCUUGUAUACAGCAGGGCUCUGACAUGCGAUUGGGAGGCUGUCAUGAAUGGACUGCAUGAAAUGCAUGAACUGGGCUUCACGACUGAUCAUAGACAAUUCGCUCGAGUCUUUGACCGUGUUUUGCUCGAAUAUUACCCAGUUCACUCUGGUCCGCAGAUUCUUGAUUUCGUGAUGACCUGUCUCAAUCAGUUCAACAUACGACCUGAUCGCGUUUUACAUCGACAUAUUCUUGAAGCCCUCAUCGAACGAGGCGACCCAUCUGCCAUUAGCCAAAUCACCCGAUUGGCUGAAGAGCACAAAUGGAAUACUGGCUUUGACCAGCAUGACUUGAUCAGAACCCUGGAGGCUCGCCGGAUAUCUAUGCAAGGUACACCCGUGGGAUUCUGGCGGAUGCUGCAAGCAGCCAAGAAACAGUAUGGAAUGGCGACCAGCAGUCGGCGUCUCAUGGGACAUAGCGCAGAUUACUAUUCCUUGGAAGAUGGGGCGCUGCGGCCGAAUCGCAAGGCUAGUGAAACUUACCCUCAGACCGUGAACAGGCUUGUGGACAAAAGAAAAUCAAUGGCUGUCCACAUGCCAUUACACAAACGACAAGAGCACUACAUCCAUGCCGGAAAAUUUACCAAGGCUAUUAAGGAUUUUAACAAGGCAAAUAAAUCUGGGCACCACAUCAAAGCGAUUCACAUUAAGUUAGCUGUCAUCGCAAAGAUUCUCAACAACGGCCUGGGAAGCCUGGAAGACGCACAGAAGACAAUCAAGGACGAAUGGCACUACUGGUCCAGAGUUCCUACGAUCCAAAAUAACCCACGCUUCCCUCAAUUUGUUCCGAUUUUUUUCCAACAGAUUUUGCAGAUUGAAAGAAACAGCAUUCGCGAGGCGGCCCUGCUCAAGAUGGCAUUGUUCGAAUUCUACAAUAUCUGCGACGAUGCAUCUCAUCUUAAUGUCAAAAAUCACGCUGCUGUGUCCUUGGCGCGGAAUUUGAUCUCCCAGAGACGUCCCAGGAUCGCAAGCCAAGUUCUUAUGGCACUCUAUCAAUCCAAGUGGCGAAAGAUCUAUGACUUUGACCAAGUGCUCAUUAAGAUACUUCUCCGUGCUUUCGCCAAUUUUGGUGAUGCCAGAGGCGUUUGGUGGUGUCUACUCACCGUAAUUUCUCGAAAGGAGAUUGUUCUUCCUGAGUUUGUUGUCGAGGCAAAACGCCUGAUGCCUACGCUGGAGGGGAAGCUGCACGAUCAAUCUCCAGGGUCCGAGCACUCGCAUAACCUGGCCGUCUUAAGAAAAGUCUUAAUUGUUCUGGAACAGAAGGCUUCCGGUCUCGGAAACUGGGCGACUAUCCAUUCGGCUCCUGAUCUCAAAGCACAAGGCCGAGCCAAACCUGCUUCCCGGUCAUUAAAAGAGCAGAAGCUUUUACCGUCCGCGUCUGUCGCAGAAGUGGCGAGGAGCUUUGACGAGGAGAUGGAAAUGGAUUUCUUGGUGUCCCGCAAGCCAGUUCAGCGGAGUGCAUUGGGAAGAAUUUGGGACGAGCACCGCAUGGUGACGGCGUCCCGCCUGCAGCCCGAGGAUCCUCAAUACCCCCAUGCGAGAUCCGAGGCGCAAUAG